AGAAUAUGUGUCAUUUACGUAGUUCAAAUAAAAAGACUAAUGCCCCACUCCAAAAAUGAGAUCAAUAACAAAUAGGAAUGGCUCCUUCGUCCUCUUCUUCUCCUUCCUCUUCUAUGUCCCCUAUCUCCUCUCCUGCUCCACUGCCCCCUCAUCUGUCCCCUCGUUUCACUGCUAUUCAGGAAUGCGAAAUAGAAGAAUAUGAAGAUGCAUGCAGUGAAGAGAGAAGCCGAGGGAAGGCGACAUCAGUGACUACAGCUACUGAUUGUGUGGAUAAGAGAGAGACUCCAAAGCACCUGCCAACGCCUCUUCAUGACAAAAACGGCAAGCCCAACUCCAAGAAACGGCAGGAAUCUAGUGAAAGCUGUGGAGAAGAUGGUUCCGUUUCUUGUAACAAUUGCCGUCCACACUCGCGAGAGAAGAUCUCUGUGGUUUCUUUGGACAACAAUGGAUCAAACAAGCACUCAUCUUUUACUGCAAGUCCUAAUGGACUCUUCAAGUCUAUCUUCUCUUCGUUCACAAGAAGAAGUCCAAAAUCUAUAGAUUCAUCACCGGCAAGAGAGGAACAAUGGAGGAUUGCUGUGGCCGAGCUCUCUCAUAAGCUAAUUCAAGCAAGAAAAAGGAGAGAUGAAGCACUUCUUGAAGCUUCAAGGCUCAAGCAUUCAAUGUCUGAACUCGAAAAGAAGCUUAACAAGCUUGAAGUUUAUUGCCAUAAUUUAAAGACGGGGCUUGACGAGUGUGCCAUCAACUCACCAUAUCGAGCUGGGAAAGGUUUCAGAAUCCAUCAUCAUCAUCAAAACAGUGUCGUAGAGCAAUUCUUGGUUUCAGUUUCUGAAGCUAGAUCCUCAGUUAGGCUUUUGAGCAGAUCACUCACCAAGCAACUCAGGCACAUGGGACUUGGAGCCAGAGUUUAUGAAAGAAUAUCUGUGCUGUUCCAACCAUACGAUAUAAAGAUUUCAUUCUCCAAUAAUUCAAAAAGUGUGCUCUUUUACCUUGAAGCCUUGCUGAACAAAGCUUUCUUUGAAGAUUUUGAAUCUGUUGGGUUCCAAAAGAGUUCUACAAACCAAAUAUUGAACCCAAUUGAUAGAUGUGAAGCAAACUAUGCAUCUUUCAAUGUAUUGAAUGAGUUGACAUGGGAGGAAGUGUUGAAUAAGGGGACAAGGCAUUUCAGCGAAGAGUUCAGCAAGUUCUGUGACAGGAAAAUGAAUGAGAUUGUUGCUAUGUUGGGGUGGAACAGAGCCUGGCCUGAGCCACUGUUGCAGGCAUUCUUUGGUGCUUCUAAAAGUGUGUGGCUGGUGCACCUCUUGGCCAACUCAGUGCACCCUGGUUUGCAAAUCUUUAGGGUGGAUAAGUGGGUGAGGUUCGAUUCGGUUUACAUGGAAGAUAUGGGAGGAGACAGAGCUGAGAAGCUGGUGCCAACCAUGGUUCGGAUCAUGGUUGCACCUGGGUUUUAUGUCUAUGGCAACAUGGUCAAGUGCAAGGUACUUUGCAGGUACAACAACAAUAAUAGCAAUAACAUUACUCCUUAGAGUCUAGUUUUUCCAAAUCUGAAAUAUUUUUAUUACUUCGUAACACCAUUGCUGUUAUUGUUAUAUGGAAUUUUCAAUUAAGCAAUCUGAUCAGAGAUCUAUUGAACUGGGGAUUUCAGGGUCAGAGUAAAAAAUGGGCAAUUUCUGAUGAUUUUGUUUUAUUCUUUGUUUGGUCAAUUUUAAUUGUCAUCCUUACUUUCGUUGCU